AUGAACAAAACUGGCCGGGUAAUUCAAAGGAAAUUGGUACAGGUGCUUACACCAUCAACGUUGAUUCAUGGUAAUAUUGGGCCUCAAGCUGUUCAUCUUCUUUCUCUAAAGGAGGGUACAAGUGAUCCUGCUGACGGUACAACUGCAUUUGGAUUUGCCUUUGUCGAUUGUGCCUCUUUACAGUUCUGGAUUGGAUCCGUCACUGAUGAUGCUUCCUGUGCGGCUUUAGGGGCUUUAUUGAUGCAGAGGAGAAGAUGCAAGAAAGUCAUAAGCGAACGGAUGUAUUGGUAAAACAGGAAGAGAUACAAGAGACUCCCCACAUUUUGUUUUUAUUCUUUUGUCCAGCUACUUGACUAUUUUGAACUCUUCUUGUUUUUAAUUACAUCUACUUCCUUGUUUUGUACUCUUCUUGUAGAAGAUCACCAAAGAAUCGAUAAACUAACAGAAAAACCAGUGCCAUCAUAUCACGAAUAAGAAAACUAACUUAAGUACUA